AUGUCCUACUUGUCGCCGACCCACAAAUUGUUUCGACACAUAUGUGGGCCCCUUGGGUCGUACCUAACGAGACUGGUUGUCGACCUCAACCUGAGGAAGAACUGGCAGGCAGCUCUGCAUAAACGACCCGACGUCGUCGUGUUCCUUGGGGAUAUGAUGGAUAAUGGGCGGCUGGACGUGUACGAACAGCUGUUCACUCGAUUCUCGGACAUUUUCAGACUCGAUUCCUCCAUCCCACAAUAUUUCAUUCCGGGAAACCAUGAUACAGGGCUUGGGAAAUCGUCCACCUUUUCACCUCAUGCAUUUUCACGCUACAUUUCUCAUUUCGGACCCACCAACAUUGAGAUAUCUGUCGCCAAUCACACCCUCGUCUUAUUCGAUGCCCCAGGCUACGCCAACGAGGAUUCGAAACGACACGGUGCAAAGAAAGCUUUUACUACUUGGAUACCUAUCCAGGGUGGAUCGUUGGAGUACAUGAAGAAGUUCGCCAGAGACAAACACAAAGACCCUGUCAUUCUGUUCACUCAUAUCCCCUUGUAUCGUCCUGAUGGAAAGAACUGCGGACCCUUACGAGAGAAAGGCACGCUGAGACCUGGAGUAGGACAUGGCUAUCAGAAUACACUGGAGAAGCAAUCCUCUCUAAGGUUACUUGAAGCCUUGAAGCCUGUGGCGAUCUUCAGCGGCGAUGAUCACGAUUACUGUGAAUACACGCACCAACUCCGUCCUACUUUCGGUCCUCCAAUAAACAUCCUCGAAACCACUGUCAAGAGUAUAUCAAUGGUGAUGAACGUCCGCAAGCCUGGCUUCCAACUACUAUCACUAGCGCCCGCUGACCUACGACGAAAUGAGGGCCCGUCCUAUGCCGAUACUCUCUGUCUUCUUCCCGACCAACUUAGAAUAUACCUCAACAUCUACCUACCCCUCCUCGCAAUCUCCAUAAUCGUCGUUUUCUUCUCCAACCUCAACCGGGGAAAACGGCGUGGGCACAGCACAGAGUUCUCUGACGCCCAUUUGCUCUUGUCUACCUCGAAGCUCGUCCUCACACGGCCUACCACCACCGAUUUCAUCUAUUAA